AAUGAAGUGUAGUGGCCAGAGCCAGCCAGUCAGUGCAAACACACGGCAAGGAUAACUAGAUGUUGAUUUACCUUUCGUGCGGCUAGUUGCUUGUGAGCUUUUCCUCCGCGUUUUCGGUUGCCUUCGGUUGUUCGUUGGAAAGUGGAAGUUGAGCAUUCGAAGUGUUUCGAGCCCCGGUUUGCAUGGGUGCACGUUGAGUGAACAGAAAAUUCAAACGAUUCCCGUCGCGUGGUUUUGCGCGCGCGAUUUCUAGUUAUUUCUGCGGUAUCCUCUACAUUAGGCCGGUGUUUGGGGUGAGCUGCGGUUUGAUUCGAAGAAGGGUCGCGGAAAGAUCGCGUGCAGUCUUUCGCCCUUAUUGUACUAAAGUGUUGCUUCGCGUGAUUUUGGAAAUUUCUUUGUGGGGUUUUUUGGCAAUCAGCUUGGUGAAACUGUGAAACUAUGAGGUUUUUUAUGUCCGACGAAAUUUGAAGAGAUAAGACGCUACAACUGUGAAGAUUGUUAAACAUAGUAGAGUGAGUUGCCGAUUCGAAGAAAGGUGCACGUUGGGAAAAAAGCUUAAAGAGAUAGUUUCUGGAUAAAUAAUUCGAUCGAAAAAAGCCUUUAUUCAGUGUUCAAAGUGUUUCAUUUUUUGCAAAACAAUGAAUCUUUGCAAAUAGCUGUAAAUUGGAACAACACCGAUUUGUGAUCGUUUUCGUAAAAACCAACGUCUGGCAGCACUGCUCUGCAAACCAAAAGGAAAAAUGGACAUCAAAUCGCUAUCGGAUGUGCAAAAACAAAUCUUCCAAAAUUUGGUCGAGAAACUAGUGGCCCGGAAUAAGUUCUCCCCAAACGAAGCUGAAGACGUCCAGAAGCUGUUGGACGAUGUGAGGGAUGCAAAAAAUUUCCACAAAAUCAUGGAAAAAUUGAAAGAGUGUGGCCAGCUGGACCUGGAUAUCGAGGAAAACUUUCGGGAAGAGGGCGGCUUUUUCCUGAAGGAUACGGCGAAAAAGUUUGGACCCGGCGGCCAGACGCUGACACCCCGGCACACCAUCGACGCUAUACUAGGUUUGAAUAGUUGUGAAAAUGGAGGCGACUCCAGUGAUGCCACCGAUCUGAGUUCAUCGCCCCUGGGCCACAUCAAGGUUUGCGACCAGCAGCAAAUGCUGGCCAAAUCGGCACCCCUAGCAAACCAAUACUUGGGCUGCAGUCCUUCGCCAGACAAGUUCCAGCAGCAACUGCAGGCCAGCUAUCAGAACCACAUGAAGAAUCUGGAAUUUGCUGCCUCUUUAGACCCAGCUGGACUUGGCCAUCAUCCCCAUCACCAUCAUCAGUCACAUCACUCGACGGCACUUCAGAACUCACAGCACAACGCCGAGCUGGAGUACAUGAAGUCGCUCAAAGAGAACAACAAAUACUUCAUCGAUCGGAACUACCGGGCGACGUUGGGUUACGCAAAUAGCCAAAAAUAUGGUGGAGGAGGCGGGGGUGGAGGUGGUCCUGGCAGUGAAGAUGGAAACAGUACGGCCAACGACUUCGACGAUGAGCUAGCAUCGCCGACGUCGGGUUCGCUCAAACGAAAGUACUCGGACAACGAUGACCACCUGCUGGACGGGGGAAGUGGGGGAGCUUCUAGUGGAGGACAAGAUGGCAACCAGCUACAUGACGUUUCCAUUAACAAGUACAGCAAACUGCACGAGGGGGCGGACAAAUCAAUUAAGGCUAAUAGUUUCGAUUAUAUGAAAAACUUUGAAGAUCUACGAGCGAGGCAUGCAGCCUACGAGGCGGAACAGCAUCUUCAACAACAACAGCACCUCCAGCAUCCACAAACGCACCCCCUUCAUCAGCAAGCGCUACACCAACACCACCUCCAGCAGCAGCAGCAACAAUCGCAACUGCAAAACCACCAACAGCAGCAUCAGCAACAGCAACAAGAUCAACUGCCUUCCCCCCUUCAUCAGCAGCAGCAGCUGCAUUCGGGUGGGUCUUCGGACCUCGGCCUUCAUAGGUCGUCGUCGGACGAUUACAGUAGGUUGGGGUCUGUGGGUGGAGGUGGAGUUGGUUCCGGACAAGAUGGAGCUGACAAAAUGGGUGCCGAAGAUGGCGGCCUGAGUUAUGCGUCCAGUGAGGAGAUGAACCAAACGACGGCCAGCGAGCAGGGCGAGAAGAUGGGAUCCGGCAGUGAUGAUGAAGGCGGUGAGGACGGCUGCUCGAAGAAAAAACACCGCCGAAAUCGAACCACCUUCACCACCUACCAGCUGCACGAGCUGGAGCGGGCCUUCGAAAAGUCCCACUAUCCGGAUGUGUACUCGCGGGAGGAACUAGCGAUGAAGGUGAACCUGCCGGAAGUACGGGUACAGGUCUGGUUCCAGAAUCGACGGGCAAAAUGGCGCCGGCAGGAAAAAUCCGAAAGCUUGCGGUUAGGAUUGUCACAUUUCUCGCAGCUACCGCACCGUCUUUCGUGCAACGGGGCCAAUCUUCCGGUGGAUCCGUGGCUGUCGCCGCCCCUGCUCUCCGCACUUCCCGGUUUCCUCUCGCACCCGCAAGGAGUCUACCCCAGCUACUUGACGCCACCGCUGAGCCUAAAUCCGUCCAACCUGGCCAUGACCAACCUCGGUCUGGGGCAUCAUCCGAACGGCCAUCACAACAUCAGAAUAUCACCGCAGGGCAUUCCGGGCAUGUCCCCACAAAUGGGCGGCCCCAACAUGCGGCUCUCACCCCCGCACCCGAAUGGCGCAAUCACCCCGCAAAACCUAUCGAUGGCGGCCCAGCAACCGCUUACCCCGCGCCAUUCCCCUCUCAGUGCCGCCGGUGGCCUCGGAAUGCCUCCUGGACCACCGCAAGGCCCUCCCCUAUCAGCUGUAAAUAUACCCAUAACUUCACCCCAGAAUCUUUCACUAACGCCACCUGGUUUAAGAUCGCCGCAAAGUCUAAAUAGUAGCAACAACAACAAUGCCACCAGCACCAAUAACAACAACAACAAUCCCGGACAUCCGCUGAGUCCAAACUCUUCGUCAACUUCCUCUCCGUGCAGCUCAACCGGAAUCAAGCUAACGAAGCUGACGAAUUUGGAUGAACCGCUGAACACGCCUUCAGGCCAAGACAGUCCGCUGCUCGAAGGCGAUCAACAGCAACAACAGGGCCGUGGAACGACCGCCCUCAACAUGACCGUGAAUCACUCGACUGACAUGAGGACCAAUUCGAUUGCCACCCUGAGGAUCAAAGCCAAAGAACACCUGGAGAACAUCAACAAGAGCAUGACCACGAUGGUGUAAUCAGUUCGGAGAGAAGAACUCGAAGAAAGAUAAAAACAAAAUGGUGACAAUGUUUCCUACUUAAACUUAAAAAAUCCAACCCCUAUUGAUAAGUUACGCCGAAACCAGCGAACUAUGAUCUCCACCUGUAGAGUGAAAACAUAAAAAAAAAGUAAUACCAGACACUAAGCCGUAGUAAGAUUAGUCCAUGAAAAUCGUUAUAAUUAUUAUUAUUUGUCUCUUCAUUGAGAAGUUCAGUUUUAGUUAAUCCAUUUAGUUCGCUUUGUAAAUAGAAAUUCAAACUAAGUUAUACUUCUCAAAUAAAACGUUAGGAACAUGCUGAAGAAAAAAAGACGUCAAUAUUUUAUCUCUAAUAAAGUUAACACGCUUGCGAACUGUACAUAACUGAUAAGCGCAAAUUCUUCCCAACACAAAAAAGUUUUAGACUAAUGAAAAUUUUACCAAGUAAGCGAAACAGGAGAAUGUGCUACUGAAAUGUGAAAAAUCGAUAAAGAAUAAAAUAAAUAUGCGAUUUUUUUAAGGAUGCGUUCAAAAAUUCGCAUUUUGUACAAACACUAGGAAUUAUCAGCGAAAAUAAAGAU